GUAUUGAAUUUGAUUUUGUUUACUUUCCUUUUGCCGUGCAAAAAUCGCCUUGUAUCACUCACUUACCACCACUAGACGCAAUCGUUAUCAAGUGCCUUAUCGAUAAUUGCCGCGCAGAAAAUUGCAAACGGUGGUGUGCGCUCAGUCCACCUCCUGAAAAAGGGUUAUUUUCGAACUGCUGUGUUGCCGUAUUUAGAGUAUGCCUCCAGUUGCAGGCGUAACCGCCACCAACAUGUCGCUCGAUACCAUGCACUGCACCCGGUGCGAUGAAGGAUUCGAGCCACACGAACGCAUCGUCAACUCGAAUGGUCAGCUCUGGCACACACAGUGCUUUGUGUGUGCCCAGUGUUUCCGCCAGUUCCAAGACGGCAUCUUCUACGAGUUCGAGGGUCGCAAGUACUGCGAAAAGGACUUCCAUAUACUGUUUGCGCCAUGCUGCAACAAGUGCAACAAUUUCGUCAUCGGGCGCGUAAUCAAGGCAAUGGCGGCCAACUGGCAUCCGCAGUGUUUCACCUGCGAGCUGUGCAGCGUUCCGCUAGCGGAUUCGGGUUUCAUUCGCAACCAGAACCGGGCGCUCUGUCACGAUUGCAAUCGACAUGUGAAGAACUCUGAAGCCAGCACGCACACUUGCAACAAGUGCCACGGUAACAUCGAUGGAGCUCCUUUGCGUUUCCGAGGCGAGGUCUAUCAUGGGUAUCAUUUCAAUUGCACUGCCUGCGGGGCGGAACUGGAUGCCACAGCCCGGGAGGUGAAGAACCGUAGCGGGUACGCGGCCAAUGAUAUGAACGAGUUGUACUGCUUGCGGUGCCAUGACCGAAUGGGCAUCCCCAUUUGUGGUGCCUGCCGUCGACCGAUCGAGGAGCGCGUUGUUACGGCACUCGGAAAGCACUGGCACGUUGAGCAUUUCGUGUGCGCCAAAUGCGAGAAGCCUUUCCUUGGCCAUCGUCACUAUGAGAAACGCGGGUUGGCCUACUGCGAGACCCACUAUCACCAGCUGUUCGGCAAUCUGUGCUUCGUGUGUAACCAAGUGAUCGGUGGUGACGUUUUUACGGCGCUCAACAAGGCCUGGUGUGUACAUCACUUUUCGUGCUCGAUCUGCGACCAGAAGCUCGACCAAAAGUCCAAAUUCUUCGAAUACGACGAAAAGCCGGUCUGCAAAAAGUGCUACGAACGCUUCCCGCCCGAGCUUCGCCGCCGGCUGCGUAUUUCACACGAAAACACUCUCAAAAAGGCAGGUCCCUAGGCAGGGGCAAAGUGUGCCAUGCAUCGAGAAGUCAAAAGUUUACUAACUGUGCCAACGUAAAAGCAUGUAUUUGUAUUUUCUCACGGGACCUACGAACGAUUUAUUUAACUUUCUAUUAAUUACGAGUACUUUGAUUCACAAACACUAACAAACACGAUGUUACAAGGCGAGCGUGCAACGUUCGAUUUGUGUUCUGUUCAGCAAAGAUUGUACGAGUAUCCUUGAUGCCUUAAUUGUGCUCUUAAUUGCGCGGAAACAAUAGAACUAGUACAGAAACAAUACAGCAACCAAUUGCGCCAAUUUUCUCACCUCACUAAGUGAUCAUGUUAAUCUUUUAAACACGUUUUACCUAGUUCUUAACAAAGGCAAAGACGAUGACCGUAGGGAAUUUCUUUCCACGUAUCGGUUACUGGUCGCGCUAACACUCUAACAACUUUAAGUAACGUGUAUCCAAUGUGUGCCUUUAAUAAAACAAUAUGUAUUAUGUAACAUGUAUGAAGCGUUAAUAAAUCAAUACUAUUUUU